CAGUGACCAAGAUUCUAACCGUUGGGCUUGUUGGUUGUCAGGACCGGCUCGAUCUCGAGGAGGCGGCGGGCCUUCAGAGAAAGCGACGUCCCAGCCUUGUCUCGCUCAGGUGGUCGCAGAAGCCAAACGGGUUGUGGACAACGGCACGCUGAAAGACAUGCAAGUGGUCAUGCGAAAAGUGCAGCUGACAGAUCCAGGGAAGUGGAAUGAUUUGGCGACUAAGCCUGAGUUAAAGCAGCAGCUAAAGAAGUUUGUGGCAGAGGCAGCCCUAAAGGCCUUGGAAGAGGCCGUCCGUCCGAGCGCACUGCUGCUCGGCGUGUGAGUCUUGCUGGGCAGGACCUGCUCCUGGCGCGACAGCAGCAAGCGAGCGCCCAGCGGCAGGUUGAGACUGCCCAGCGGCAGGUUGAAAGCGCUCAGCGGCAGGUUGAGAGCGCCCAGCGGCAGGUUGAGAGCGCCCAGGAGCAGGAAGUGAUGGCGGUGAGGCGUCUCGCUCGAGCUGCCACCGUCUUGGAGACGGCGGAGGACUCGGGCAAUGCGACAAAGGUGCAGGAGGCCAAGGAGGAGGUCCAGGAGGCGGAAAGGAAGGUGGAGAAGGCGGAAAGGAAGGUGGAGAGGGCGAAGAAGGAGGUCCAGGAAGCGAAGAAGGAGGUCCAGGAAGCGAAGAAGGAGGUGCAGGAGGCGGAGGUCAAGGAGGCGAAGGCAAGCGGCCGGACGAAGGAGUCCGAGGCACGGAGCAGUUGGUGCGAGAAGUUGCUCGCGAAGAAGUUGAAGUUUGGAGCAGCCGACCAACUGCUUGCAACAGUUGGGGCCACAUGGGACUAUUGUGGGAAGGAGGUGCUGCGUGAAAGCAUGCAGAUCCCCAUCCAGAAGCUGCACGAGCAAAAGGGGAAGAACAGUGACAAACAGCUUCAUCCUUUGUUCAUCGCAUUUGCAGGCCCAGGGCAAGGCAAGUCCCGGUUGCUGACAGAGUUCCCGGGCCUGGUCGAGCAGUGCUUGCAGAAUGUGUCUGAAAGGCAGAAACUGAAAUUCAGCAAGCAAACGAGGAGCUUCAUGAUCAGCUGCGAGAACGGCCUCUCUCCCGGGGACUGGGCCACGGAGGAGCUCAAUGCCCGACGCUUUGUGGCAUGCCGCAUGCUGUGGCAGCUGCGGAAUGCAAACAAAGAGGCUUUUCGGGAGGUCGGCGCUCCAGAGACUUUUGCAAAAUUCCGCGUCGAAUGCUCCGAUAGCCUUGUUGCAGAGGAUGUCUUUGCAGCUGUGCUGUGUGAUGAGCUCAAUCAUAGCACGGUGGUGAUCGGAGUCGACGGGAUGCAAGGUCUGCCUGGAUUUACCGAGCGCAGUGAUGCUGCGGGCAAGGACCUGCCAUUCUAUCAGGUGAUGCAGGAGGUCUGCCGCCUCAUCAACCAAAUGGAAGGUCCCUUUGUCGUAGCUUGUGUGGCCGCUUUGCAAAAUGUGAAGAGUGGACUUGCUGGCAGUCCCCAGGCCCGAGUUUUUCUGGAGCUGCCACGCGUGACCGCCGUAACCCGCAACAAACAGCCGGUGCUGCCCGGCCACCGCCUAAAAGACCUCCUGGUCGAAGACAUGGGCGGGCAUGGCAGAGCUUUGGAGUGCCUUCUAGAGGCCUUGAUGGAGAUGCCCAACGCUGCAGCAACUGCCUUGGUGGGUGCAGUUAUGAGACAAUUGAGGCAGAAGUAUCCUGACGCCGCUCAGAUGGAGCCGGGUGCAGACCUCAAGGAACUGCUUCGCGCAGCUCUGUCAGGCAGAUGGAUUUUGUCUGGCGAAAUGGUCGGCAAUCUAGAUCCUGAGAAGGUGGAGCUUAUCCGCGUCAAGUUCAAGGACGGCGACUCCUCGCAGUACCGCAUCGACUUGCCCUACAUUUGGUUGUACUUGAUGCUGAGUUUGUCUAAGUUCUCUGACGAUUUGCAACCGUGGAACUUGAUGGACUACCGCUUGUUUGAGUCAGAACCAACCUGGCAACAGUGGGAAGAAUUCAAUGCCAGGUUUCGAGUGUUGCGAGCUUCUGCGUUUGAGGAAAAGCACCAAGGUCAUCAACCGGCAUCUGCAAUUUGCCAAAUCCAGGAAGCAAUUGUUGUCGAGGUCCUCACGCUGCGGCAAUCCCAAAGCUCGGACAAAUUUACUCAAGGGACUGGGAAUGCACCAGUGCGUAGUUGAAAUGACAAACCAAAACCUUACAGUGACGUUGACUGGCAAACGUGUUUUGGUCGUGAAUGCUGCCGGAGCUCCAGCUGCUGAUGCCUUUCUCAUGUUGGAAGAGGUGAGGGCAAAGGGCAACAAUCGCACGAUCUCUGGAGAACGAGCGUGACAAAGCAUGCGACACAGCUGACAUCCUGGUGCUUUUGCUGACAAGGACAGAGACUGUGCCUUCGUACCUGAAGCGCAGUACCAGGAGUACUUUGGCUUCUACGCUGGUAGAGCCUUCUAUCAAACCAGGGCGGCCAAACCUUGAAGGCUGAAUUGUUGCUGCUGUGCCAUUUCCUGGCCUAGAAUUGGAUCUCGGGGCUCAAAGAAUUGCGGAGCAUGAGGA